AUGGCGACGUCUCUCGGUCUCCCGCCGCCUGAACCGUUUAAAAUACUGGAAGGAAAUACUGCGAUAAAAUGGAAAAAAUUUAAACAGAAAUGGACAAAUUACGAAAUUGCUACAGGAGUUUCAGAGAAAGAAAAUUCGACGAGAGUUGCUACGUUCCUGACAGUGAUUGGGGAAGAAGCGGUCGAUGUUUAUAACACGUUUACUUGGGCCACAGCGGGCGAUAACCUGAAAAUAGACAAG